ACUGUACGGUUCACAGUUUAACAACCCUUGUAAUUUUCGGAUUUAGCAACCAUUUCCUUCUGCUCCCAAAGGAGGGCAAGUACUUUUGGUCAUCGAUUUCUAUUUGAUGGUAUUCUAAUACAUAGUAUAUGUAAUGGCGUAAAGAUGGGGAUGGGUUUGUUUUAGAGUUGUAGAAAACUUUGAUAUAAGGGACCCGCCAGGAAAGGCUAAUUUGUUGAGCUCACCGCUUGUAGCCGGUCAUGUAUUUAUGCUGCAUUACCUUGCUUCUCGCAGCAACCAGUUUGCUCUUUACGGUAUCUUGACGUUCAUGGUACAAACCUUGGAACAGAAGGCAUGGCAACUCUCCUGGCAGGAAUACAGCAAAACAGUUCACUCAUCAGUCUGAAUGCCGCAGGACACCAGGUGUCCCGUUUGUCAUUUUUAAUGGAGUUUUUAUACAGCAGCAUUUGUCAUCCCACUCUAGAGGAGUUGAUCCUGGAGAAUACUAAAGUUCUUGAACUUGAUGGAUGGAACCCAUCAGGCUUGUCAUUAACGGAGGGAAGUUCCAGUCUCACCAAACUACUCCUGUCAGGAUGUUCUUUGACAAACCAAACAUUGAGGACUCUGUCCGAAAAGGCUUCAGGCAAAUUACCUUGCCUUGUUUACUUGGAUCUCUCCAGUAAUGAACAGCUAACUGCAGAGUGUCUAUUGAGUAUUUGUGCCAUGACCUCUUCUCCAGGCCAAAGUUGCUCCUUAUCUGUGCUGGACUUCUCAUUAAACGCGGCUGAUGACAUUGCUGGUGAUAUCGAAAAGCUUCCUGGACUAAAAAACUUAAAGACGUUGCUUUUGAAAAAAUGCAGAAUUACCCCAGCGAGUGUAGUUGAUCUCUCCAAGCUUAUCACCUUGACAACGCCUGAUUUCUUGAGAAUUUCCUCUGUGACGCUGGACGGCAUCAAACUAUCAGGCGCAGACGCCUUGAAAGGCAUGCUGGGACUGUCAGACAUGUUUAUACCCACAAAUCCUUGCAGCCUGGAGUUGCUGUCACUCAUAGGGUGUGGCUUGAACGAUAGAGACGUAAAACCGCUGAUGAACGGCAUCGGCAAUGGACUGGUCAUCAAAGAACUGAGAUUAUCAGCAAACCGACUCACAGAUACAACCGUUAACUACUUAGUAGAUUCCUCUGGAACAGCGCUUUCUCUUCAAGCGCUGGAUCUUUCUUUAAACAAGAUUCGAAAUGGCGGAGCCCAGAAAUUAGCAGGAGCUUUGUCCGACAAACUGGCAAACCUGAAAAGCUUAUUGCUGGCUGACAACUGUAUCGGUCAGAUAGGAAUACUAGCUUUGGUCGGCAAGGUCGGUCCCGGCUCUCAAGUAGGAGUAUUAAACCUCAAGAGCCAACAACAAGCGUUGGGAGAGGAAGAUAUGGACGAAAUAAUGGAAGAGCUGGCGAAAUCACUAGGAUUUGACCCAGAAAACAGCGAAGGUUGUGCACCAGACAUCAGUCUUCCAGCAAACUUCACAAUCAAUCUUACCGGGUUAGGAGGUGAACCCGGUGAACUGGGACCUAAACUCGACAGUCAAGCCGUGCUGACAGAUUACAGUGCCAAGCACCGCAGAACCUUGACGUUUAAAGAUGUACUCCAGCUGUCAGCGGUCCUGUCCCAAUCAGAAAACACGAGGGCUAUAAUGAGUCAGAGCGACUGGGACCGAGUCAUCAGCGCCGAUAAAGACGCUCCGGCGUGGUUGCAACUUUCAUCAAAACGCGAGUGCGCUGUGUACGUCAGUAACCUGCCGCUGAGUGUCACUGCAGAAAAACUUGAGGGACAACUGGAUAGCGAAGCGGAGUGCAAUGUUGUGGAAGUUUAUUUGCUGAAGGAUCAAAUUCUGAGGAAACCAAAUGGUUUAGCGUGGGUGCUGUUCACAGAUUCUGCAUCUGUUCAGCGGGCAGUGGAAUACUACAACUCAGGUCAGGCCUUCAUGUACGGCACGCCAUUUGUUAUCUCCACCCUGAAUGUUGAUGUUAUGGCCGACACUGGAUCCGAAGAAAAUGCUGAGGCUAAAGCAAGACAAGAGGUGAUACAACGUGCUGAAGGUCGUAAAGCGGAUCAAACUGCGCAUGCACAACUGGUUCAGUCGAACUAUAACGAGAGUCUUGCGCGUCACGAGUAUGCGGCCCAGCAUCCCGCCUACGCAGAUGGCCGAGUGUGGUGAGCUGGUGCCGAGGGUCCAAUCAGGACAGGAAGCCCUUUAAAAUUGUUGUAGUUCUAGCAUCGAAGCUUCCCUGGGCUGAUUGUUGGCGAAGAGCAAACCAUCAAAGUCGCAAGAAUCCGAACCGUCUAAUUGUUUAAUUAUAACGCUCUGAACGGUUCUUUCAAACAACAACAACAACAACAACAACGACAACAACGACAAAACUGAAGAACAUUUCCCUUUUAGAGCCUUCACUUAAACGCGAAGUGGAGGCCAUUUUCGAAGAUUGUCCACAGCCUCCCUCCUUCGUUUAUUCGACGGCCUCUGUGUUGACAGACCGCGCGGUUACAUCUUGUAUCCAAUAUUUGGUUUAUGGGUAAUGUUAAAAGAGUGCAUUUCAACUGUGUGCUCGUACAUAUUACUCUGGUCUGAAGAGUUUUCAACACUACUUAAUUAUUUAUUUUUAAAUAAAGGAUGUGUAAUAUUUUGCUAAAGAAUUUGUCCAUAUUUUGUGAAUGUUUAUGGACCACAGAGUGUUUAUAUAAGAAUUUGAUCUGUUUGUAAAUAAAACAGGAAACCAUUGAUAGACGUUUCGCCUUUUCACUUCAAAAAGAACAGUUCCCGAAAACGAGUGUUCAGUGUUCAGAGAGAAGGAAUGUGAAAUCUCUACUGCCCGUGAAAUGCAGCAGUCAAUUGAGGCUGGGAUGUCCUGCCGUCAGUGCUUGUGACGAUCUUUUAUUUUUCUUACAAGACGUGACGAUAUUUCAUUUGCCUUACAUGAAGUGUAUUAGACUGCAUGGAAGCCCAGAUGUAUGCCUGUUCAGACCAGUUCAUUAAAACUUUCGAGUUGUGUGUAUUGUGUGCUGAGGUCCCUGCUCUAUUUUGCUGUCCCCAUUUGACGCUUCCUUGGCGGUGUACAACGUAACAGUACUAAUGUACAAAUGAUCGCAAUAAUUAAAGAAUAUCAAAACUGCUACUUGAAUUCGGGCACAGCAACACCUAACAUUGGGUGAUAUGAAGCAAACGUUUACGCUUGAUUAGAGUUCUUUUUGUGUACUCCUUUCAGUUCAUCUGAAGGACAAAGCUAUUUCGGGCUGAUACUAUGUUCUAAAACAAAUCGUAAAAUAACCUUGAUGUUCCGUUCACAGAAACCCCUUUUCUAUUCAGCUUUUAAGAGCAAACGGCAGACCCUUGAAGUCUUACCGUUGCAUUUAAAAACUGAACAGUUGACCGUUUUUUUCACUAAUUAAAAAACUGCGGAGGUGUUGGAAGGCGACGAUCCCGGGGUCGGGGCAUUUGCCCACUUUCUUCGUCCCCACCCCGGGGCAUUUAGACAGCCUAUGUGUCCCCACCCCGGGGAAUUUGCGCAUUU